AUGGAGAGGCGCACUUUUGAAUCUCCCAUGGACUGGGAAUACCAAAAUUCGGGACCACUGGAUCCCACAAGCCCGUUUGUCCAGACCGCCCAGAGGGCACAGAACAAUAACGCCUUUGGGCUUCCCAAAUCGGGCUCCUUUGGCCCGCAAAGCGCAUUCAGUCGCACCCAAAGCAGCCCACACAAGCUACCGCCGCCUUCGCCAGGCCAGAAGUCUAUUUUUGCUACGUCAAAUGCUGUCCUCCAGCGAACAAAUACUGCCCCGGCGUUCCGGAACCCUGCCUUCACAACGCCCCGAAAGCCUUUCGACAUGGAUGCCCUUUCAGAAGCUUCUCCCGCUGAAGAUAGCCCUGCGCAAACCGACAUAUCAGAGAACUACCCAGACACUCCAGAGACGGACAAUAUGCGCAAUUUGAAUAAAAUGGCUCUUACUCCGGCGCGCUCAAAAGCUUUGAGUGUUGCCUUGAACAAGCGAUCCCCCGGGAAAGGUGACAUACUCCGCCCAGUCACAGCCUUUGGCGGCAGAGAAAAGGUGCGCAAACGCAAGAGGCGACAUGAUGAUAAGGACAUCAGUGGCUUCCGCCUACCUUACAAAUACCAAGAGGAGUGGGAUGAGUCCGAAGGCAACGAUACCGAUGACAGUGUCUACGAGCCAAACAAAUACCACGGUCCCAACACCCAGCCAGGCCGAAAGCAGAAGGGCUGGUUCAGUGGCUUCUUGUCCGUUAUUCAGAAACAUCCCGAUGCGCCCAUCGUUCUUGGAUCCUGGGUCACCUUGAUGUUCAAUCUCGCCGUAGUUGGUCUGGCCAUGUGGCUGCUCUGGGUCGUGGUGGCUAGUUUCCGAGACGACUUUUGGGCAGCCAAACAAGAACUGCGAGCAGUGGUAGUCGAAGAGAUGGCCAAGUGUGCGCGAGAUUAUGCCGACAAUCGAUGCUCUCCGAGAGAACAGCGCCUGCCAGCAAUGAAUGCCAUGUGCGACGAGUGGGAGACCUGCAUGAACCAGAAUCCGGAUAACCUGGGGCGCGUGCGACUUGGAGCAAGGAACAUAGUUGAAAUCCUCAAUGAGAUCAUUGAGACAAUGCACUGGAAAACACUGGCUGCCUUCAUCGCGCUGUUUGCCAUUUUCUGUUUCAGUGGCAUCUCCCUCGUCAAGAGUAGCCAAAGCCCAUCGAGCUUUGCCUUUGUUCCUCACCCACCACAGGCAUCGCAGCCCGUCUACCACAACCCCCAGUUGAUGUAUGGGCACAUACCACAGACACCGAGGACGCGCUUCCUGGGGCACUAUCAGAACGACGAGACACCGGAUACAGAUGCCUCGCCUGAUCAGAAAGCCCUGCCUCCGCCCAUCUACUACCAGACGCCGAGUAGGCGAAGCCCCAGCAAGGGUGACCGAGGACGCAGCCCGACUAAGAGUCGGAGUCCUACGAAGAAGUACUAG